AUGUCGGAUGGUUCUCAAAAACUAUGGGGUGGAAGAUUUACCGGUGAAACUGAUCCCUUGAUGCACCUUUACAAUGCCUCUCUUCCAUAUGAUUAUAAGAUGUACAAAGCAGACUUGGAGGGAACCAAGGUAUAUACUGCGGGUUUGCAAAAGUUGGGUCUUCUCACAGAGGCAGAAUUGGCCAAGAUCCAUGAAGGUUUAGCUGAUAUUAAGAAAGAGUGGGAUGCUGACAAAUUUGUCCGUCAUCCAAACGAUGAAGACAUUCAUACUGCAAAUGAAAGACGCCUUGGAGAAUUGAUUGGGCGUGAUAUUGCCGGUAAAGUCCACACCGGCAGGUCUCGUAAUGACCAAGUUGUUACUGACUUGAGAAUUUACUGUCGUGACGUUGUCAAUGGUACACUCUUUCCAGCCCUGAAGGGCUUGGUUGACGUUCUAAUCAAAAGGGCAGAAGGUGAAAUAGACAUAUUGAUGCCAGGUUACACACAUUUGCAAAGAGCGCAGCCUAUUAGAUGGUCUCAUUGGUUGAGUUCUUACGCAACUUACUUCACGGAAGAUUACAAAAGACUGGGCCAGAUUCUACAUAGAUUGAAUCAAUCACCAUUGGGUGCAGGUGCUCUUGCUGGACACCCUUAUGGUAUUGAUAGAGAAUUCUUGGCUGAGGGUCUAGGUUUCAAUAGUGUUAUUGGUAACUCCUUAGUUGCUGUCUCUGAUAGAGAUUUCAUCGUGGAGUUGAUGUUUUGGGGGACCUUAUUCAUGAACCAUAUUUCCCGUUUUGCUGAAGAUUUGAUUAUAUACUGUACGGCUGAGUUUGGUUUCAUACAGUUAAGUGACGCCUAUUCGACAGGUUCCUCCUUAAUGCCUCAAAAGAAAAAUGCAGACUCGCUGGAGUUGUUGAGAGGUAAGUCCGGUAGGGUAUUUGGUGAUCUAACAGGAUUCUUGAUGAGUUUGAAGGGUAUCCCAUCUACCUACGAUAAAGACAUGCAGGAAGACAAAGAGCCACUGUUCGAUUGUUUAACUACUGUUGAACACUCUAUGCUGAUUGCUACGGGUGUUAUCUCUACCUUGAAUGUAAAUAAGGAGAAGAUGGAAGCUGCAUUAACUAUGGAUAUGUUGGCUACCGAUCUGGCAGAUUACUUAGUCAGAAAGGGCGUUCCAUUCAGGGAGACCCACCAUAUUUCUGGUGAAUGUGUCGCCACUGCUGAAAAGUUGGGCCUAAGUGGUAUUGAUAAAUUGACUUUAGAACAAUAUCAAAAGAUCGAUCCAAGAUUUGCUGAAGAUCUUUUUGAAACUUUUAACUUUGAACAAAGCGUUGAAAGAAGAGACGCUACUGGCGGGACUGCUAAAUCUGCUAUAUUAAAACAAUUGAAUAGCCUAAGAUCUCAACUAAAUUAA